AUGCAUAUUUUUUCACACAUUCCCACCCCUCACCCUUCAGGUGUUUCGACAAAAGGCUAUUCCCUGUCUAAGACAUGUACCCCUUCCGGAGGUCUCUGUUGUUGCUGCUGUUGUGGCCGGCGCUACGGAAACUACUUGGUCGUGCUCUACUUUUUCGUCAAGACCCUGUAUCUGGUCAAUCUCAUCUUCCAGAUGUUCCUCAUGGAGAAGUUCAUCGGCACCAACUAUACGUUUUUUGGCCUGGGCGUGCUCAGUGACCUCCUGCAAGGUCGACAGUGGUUUCACUCAGGCAACUUUCCACGAGUCACCUUCUGCGACUUUGAAGCAAAAAAACUAGGCAAAAAUUUAAAGUAA